AUGGUAUCUAUUCAGAGCAGCUACAUCUCUCUGAAGGUGCGGGUCACAGGGAAGGCCGCUCACAAGAAGGUCAUGAGGAGGUCGAGAUUUUCUGUUGACCAAUUUUCCAGUGCUUCUAACACCAGUGCUUCUAACACCAGUGCUUCUAACACCAGUGCUUCUAGCACCAAUGCUUCUAACAACAGUACUUCUAACACCAGUGCUUCUAACACCAGUGCUUCUAACACCAGUGCUUCUAACACCAGUGCUUCUAGCACCAAUGCUUCUAACAACAGUACUUCUAACACCAGUGCUUCUAACACCAGUGCUUCUAACACCAGUGCUUCUAACACCAGUGCUUCUAACACCAGUGCUUCUAGCACCAAUGCUUCUAACAACAGUGCUUCUAACACCAGUUGGUCUAACACCAGUGCUUCUGACAACAGUGCUUCUAACACCAGUGCUUCUAAGAUGAGUGCUUCUAACACUCAGAAACCCAUUCUGAGUGUCGACCAGCCUCCAGAAACCCAUUCUGCGUGUCGACCAGCCUCCAGAAACCCUUUCUGCGUGUCGACCAGCCUCCAGAAACCCAUUCUGCGUGUCGACCAGCCUCCAGAAACCCAUUCUGCGUGUCGACCAGCCUCCAGAAACCCAUUCUGCGUGUCGACCAGCCUCCAGAAACCCUUUCUGCGUGUCGACCAGCCUCCAGAAACCCUUUCUGCGUGUCGACCAGCCUCCAGAAACCCUUUCUGCGUGUCGACCAGCCUCCAGAAACCCAUUCUGCGUGUCGACCAGCCUCCAGAAACCCUUUCUGCGUGUCGACCAGCCUCCAGAAACCCAUUCUGCGUGUCGACCAGCCUCCAGAAACCCAUUCUGCGUGUCGACCAGCCUCCAGAAACCCAUUCUGCGUGUCGACCAGCCUCCAGAAACCCAUUCUGCGUGUCGACCAGCCUCCAGAAACCCAUUCUGCGUGUCGACCAGCCUCCAGAAACCCUUUCUGCGUGUCGACCAGCCUCCAGAAACCCAUUCUGCGUGUCGACCAGCCUCCAGAAACCCUUUCUGCGUGUCGACCAGCCUCCAGAAACCCUUUCUGCGUGUCGACCAGCCUCCAGAAACCCUUUCUGCGUGUCGACCAGCCUCCAGAAACCCAUUCUGAGUGUCGACCAGCCUCCAGAAACCCAUUCUGAGUGUCGACCAGCUUCCAGAAACCCAUUCUGCGUGUCGACCAGCCUCCAGAAACCCAUUCUGCGUGUCGGCCAGCCUCCAGAAACCCUUUCUGCGUGUCGGCCAGCCUCCAGAAACCCAUUCUGCGUGUCGACCAGCCUCCAGAAACCCUUUCUGCGUGUCGACCAGCCUCCAGAAACCCUCUGCGUGUCGACCAGCCUCCAGAAACCCUUUCUGCGUGUCGACCAGCCUCCAGAAACCCUUUCUGCGUGUCGACCAGCCUCCAGAAACCCAUUCUGCGUGUCGACCAGCCUCCAGAAACCCUUUCUGCGUGUCGACCAGCCUCCAGAAACCCAUUCUGCGUGUCGACCAGCCUCCAGAAACCCAUUCUGCGUGUCGACCAGCCUCCAGAAACCCAUUCUGCGUGUCGACCAGCCUCCAGAAACCCUUUCUGCGUGUCGACCAGCCUCCAGAAACCCAUUCUGCGUGUCGACCAGCCUCCAGAAACCCAUUCUGCGUGUCGACCAGCCUCCAGAAACCCUUUCUGCGUGUCGACCAGCCUCCAGAAACCCUUUCUGCGUGUCGACCAGCCUCCAGAAACCCAUUCUGCGUGUCGACCAGCCUCCAGAAACCCUUUCUGCGUGUCGACCAGCCUCCAAAAACCCUUUCUGCGUGUCGACCAGCCUCCAGAAACCCUUUCUGCGUGUCGACCAGCCUCCAGAAACCCUUUCUGCGUGUCGACCAGCCUCCAGAAACCCAUUCUGCGUGUCGACCAGCCUCCAGAAACCCAUUCUGCGUGUCGACCAGCCUUCCUUAAAAUAUUCCGGGUCUCGAGUCCUUCACAAUGCGCCGUGCAAGUAUUAG